CGUCCCUGGUAACCACUAAGUACGUUCCCGAGCUGUUAUGGGACUACCGGACAGGUGUAACGGACAUGUCCACAGUCGGGAGACAGUGUCAGGUAUUUGCUGAUGGUCAUAGAGACGUGUAGUGGGGAAACAAAGAUUGAUUGUGGGACAGAUCAAUAGCUGUUUCUUCAAGACAACGGAGUGUAAUAAUGAGUCCCGUGGACGCGGCGUAACAUUGACGUGUCGUUAUAGGUGGAAGAUACGGGUUUAACGGAGUUCUUAUAGUGAUAACACAUAUGUCACACGUGUGCAGACGAACAUAAACCCCAAGGGACUCCGACUGGACCCAGUCACCAGACAUGUCUGCUCUAACGGAUCCGAAUGCGCUGGAGAUUCUGUCCGGGAUGUUUCCACAGGGCAGGGUCCCCAAUAUUCCUGCCAGAGUAGUACGGGUGUUCCUCGCAGCUUCGGGACCAGAUACGAUAGCUGAGAGAAACGUAAUUAUACAACGUGUCUACCCAGAGCUGAGGGAGUACUGCCGGAACAGACAUGGCGUCGAAUUUCAGAUGAUUGACCUUGAUUGGGGAAUACCGCCUUCAAAUCUAAAUAUAGACAACACUCUUCCUGACUUCAAGCUUAGAGAGCUACAGCGCUGCCAGAGAAGUUCUGCAGGCCCCAAUUUUGUGGCGUUGAUUGGCCAGAAGUAUGGGGACCGGUUACUUCAUUCAUCGAUUCCUGCCGAAGAGUUCGAUACUUUGCGCAUGUCACUUCAUAAUCAUAAAGGAAGAGAAACUCGAAAUGCUCCCAUACUGGACACGUGGUAUGCUAGGGACGACAACUCCAUCGCGCCGGUCUAUGUCCUGAGGCCCAUAGGUGAUAUUAUACCGGAGUAUAAAGAGGAUGGUGAUCGACACAGUGAGGGAGUGUCUAAAUGGUUCGAGGUAAAGACGGAGAUGAGACGACUUUUCCGGAAGGCCGCAGACUACUGUUAUCUUGAAGGACAAAUUACCAAGGAAACUAAGGACAAAUACUCCAUGUCAGAGUUAGACAGCCACAUUCAUCAAGGUAUUGAAGAGUCUGACAACCCUCUCAACAAGUGUACAUUGAUCCUCCGAAACAUCGUCGAUCUUAAGAAUUAUUUAGAUGACCCAAAAGCCAAAACCUUCGCUGAGGUUGUCUACAAUGAGAAGUACGAACAGUUUGAAUUAGAAACGGAAUCGACUCAGAUGCUUACUAAAAUGAAGGAGGAUGCUGCUUCAAUGGUAUCACCGAACGUUCUUUCCUAUGAUGUAUUGUGGCGUUAUGAUGACGUCAUAAGCCCAGAGUUACACAAGGAUUACCUGGACCAGUUGUAUUCCGAGUUCAGCAUAUUGAUGAAAGAGUUAGUCGACCGCUCAGUACCGACCACCGUGUACGAUUUCCAGUCGGACAUCGUCGAGGAGACUAUGUAUCACUGGUUGCGUUGCCAGGAUAUUGCCCGGACAUUCUGUGGCAGGGAGGAGGAAUACGGUCUCCUCACCGAGUACCUACUUGGGACAUUCAAUCAGCCAGUAGCCGUGUUCGGUCCACCAGGUUCCAGUAAGACUUCCCUGUUGUCAAAGGUGGCUAUGGAGACCCAAGAGAUUGUACCAGGGGAGGUAAUCAGUGUGAUAAGAUAUGUCGGUUUUACACCCCGGAGCGCCGAUCUGAAACAGCUCCUGUCAGGCAUAUGCACGCAAAUACUCGCCUCCCUCAAGCGAGACACAUCAGAAGUUCCCCACGACUUCAAGGAUUUGCAAAAGUUCUUCCUAGCUUUGGUCAAGACGAUUCCUUCUCACGUAACCCUGGUGCUUUUUUUGGAUAGUGUAGAUAACAUUUUACCCGAUUACAGCGCCCACUUCAUGUCCUGGAUGCCAAAUCUACUGAACCGUAACGUGAAAAUUGUGGUAUCCACCCACCCGGAGAAAAACCAGAUCCUCUCCGCGAUGAAACAAGAGAUAAUCAGAAACGAUAAAGCAUUAGUUGAAAUGAAGCCAUUGUCUAUAGAAGACGCUGAACGGAUGCUAGUGUUUUUCCUCGGUCAGUAUGGCAGACGAAUCACCGCAACGCAGAUGGAAGUGUUUAAAACUGCUAUGAACAACUGCUCCCUGCCAAUGUACGUUAGCCUAUGCGCGGAACACGCCAAAAUGCUCCGUUCGAGUGACGAUAUCAGUCUUAAGACACUUCCGACAAGUAUACACGAGGCGAUUCACUUACUGUUGAAUGGUCUGGAAAUAUCUUAUGGUGUACAUUUCGUAUCGAAAGCCAUGGCCUACUUAGUUGCGUCCGUGACAGGUUUGAGUGAUUGCGAGGUCGAGGAUCUAUUGUCUCUCGAUGAAGAUGUUAUGUCCUCUCUUUAUACCGACCACCACCCAUUCCUAAGACGACUUCCUUCACUGAAAUGGCUGCGACUGAAAGAUGACAUCCGAAGGUUUCUGAUUGUACGUGAAGUGGAUGGAGUGACAGCUUGUUGUUUCCGCCAGGAGGAAUUCAACACGGUUAUCAAGGAGAAAUAUCUCAGCAGUAAGGAAACAGCAAAGCAGGUGCACUCUAUGAUAGCAGACUACUUCCUUGGUACAUGGCACGGUAAACCAAAACCUAUUGUUCCACUCACGUCGACAGGUGAUCAAAAACUUACAAAGGACUUUGGAAAGGAGGCAAACCGAUAUGUUCCAACACAGCCACUCACUUUCUUUUACGGGAAUAGUACUGUGAGAUUCAACAGGAGGAAGUACGAUCAGGUUCCGAGGCAUUUGUAUCUGGCAGAUCGGCUGAAGGAGCUCAAUCAACUAGUCUUGUUCAACUACGAGUGGAUGUAUAACAAAAUCAAAGCUCUCUCCUUACAACAUAUCAUGGCAGACUUUGCCUUGAACCCAGGUGUCGAGGCCACACUUGUAGAAGAAGCUCUGAGAGUAGCAGGAUCGGUAAUCGAACGUGACAUCAAUAAUCUGUCUCCUGAAAUAACUGGACAUCUACUGCCAUACUAUAGUAAAAUGGCAAACAUUCGGGCUCUUUUAUGUCAGUGUGACACGGAUGGCUUGAAACACUGUGCACUGAUCCCAAACUUCCCCUACUUACAGGUUCCAGGAAGUUCUUUGAUCUGCACACUGGAUACAAGCAUCACAGGAGAAUUCUUUCAACUCUUUCAGGAUGACCGGAUCCUGCUGAUCAAGCAAAGAGACAGUUCACACAUACACGUUUACGACAUGGCUGUUGGAGAAAAGAAGAAGAGCAUAUUCACUUCAAACGGUGCUUUACAUACUACUCCUGAUGGAAGAUACUUUGUAAUAGUUGACCAUGUCACUGAAAAAGCCAUCAAGAUACACAACUCAUCGACAGGGGACUUUGUCGGACAGCUUAUAGUUCUCAAUCACAUCACGCUCAAACCCAAGGAAAAGUACAAGAUGGGAGACAUCAGUAUAACAAAUGACCGGAUCUGCUUAGUUGUCACCACAGACUCCAGUUACCUCUGUAUCGCAGAUAUUGAAUCCUGUCACUUCUUGCAAAUCAUUAGCCUUGACGGCAGGUCUGACCUCUGCAGAAUAACACCGAACGGAAAAUUCGUCUUCUGCAAUUCAAACGAAUUUCUCCUCGGUUACGACUUGUACUCUCUCGAACACACUUGUACAUUUUCCCUUGGCAGUCGGCCAAAUUCCAUGACAUUUAGCAAAGAUGGAUUUCGUGGAUACUUGUCGAGCGUUUUCGAAACAAAGCUAUUAGUGAUGCACUUGCAUCGGGGAACAGUGGAAAUGGCUUACAAAACAGUACUUGAAGAGGAAAUGCCCGAUGACACGAUCAUGCAACUGAAAAUUUCCCCGAAUGAUGACACAGUUCUUAUUCGUGGUUUGAACACUAUUCUCGUUUACAGCAGAUUUAACGAGAAAGUGAUUGCACGGUUCUCAAGACCAAAAGAUAUUCCGAAAGAAUUCAAACUGCCAAAGAGUCACUUUAUCGACCUGUUCUUCACAGCGGCUGAAUAUACACGGGAUGGCAAAUUUGUGAUUGGUACCAUCUUCCGUAACAUUUACCUCUGGCAGAUCUCCACAGGUAAUCAGGUAACCAGUAUCCAAGCUCCGGUCGGCAUCAUCACGGAACUUCUGGUGUCAACCAAAAGAAGUCAGAUCGUUACUCAUAUUCAGGGUGCCAGCAACAUCCAAUUGUGGAAUAUCGACGAGGCUGUCAAUCAAGUGAAUAUGCUUGAUCGCCUUACAGGACCAAUCACUGCCGUGCGGGUAACGGGUGACAGUUCCAUCGCAUACGUCAUGUGCAAGAGCAGUGACGAAAUUGGCGUCAUCGACAUGCGCAAUGGAUCAAUGUUGGAUCUUCUAACACACGACAGUCCAGUGAGUGACUUUGCCAUCACACCCACUGGCAGUUACGUACUGGUGUCCACUCUGUCCAAGAAGCUAAAUAUGGCGACCAAGCUGUGGGACAUGACGGAACGUAGAAUCAUCAAGGAGUUCGGAAACACGACUGGAUAUUGCAUUAGCGCCAAUAAUGAUGCCUACAUGAUGUUUGUGGCCCAGGAACAACACAAUUUCAAGGCACCUUUCAGUAUUACACUGUUCAGGUUUGUUGGCGAUACUUUCCACGAGUACACCCAUCCCCUUGCCCUGAAGUACAUCCUUGGUAAGCCGUUUCUUACCAACGACGACAAAUAUCUCGUGGUGCUUACAGCUCAGGAUUAUGUACAGCUGACUGCGUCAUAUGACACGCCAAUCAUUUGUACCUUUGCCAUGGAGGAGGACAUGCGAGUCUCAUACUUCACUCCAGAGAGUUUCCAAGGAACGGCGAACGUGUCGAAAAUCGUCGAUGUCAAACCAUGCCCAAAGAAUCCAUACACAAUAGCGAUUAUGUACGAGUCAAAUCGGUCAUUGGAUAUCAACGAGAAUGCAACAACGAACGGUUUCCCUAAGAUGUCUCAUGGACUUCUUAUCCUUGACAUUUGUAGUGGAUCAAUGAUCGCCAUGUGUGAUCCAUUCAUGACAAACAGUGUGUCCAUAGAAACCGGACUGGUUUAUUCCAACGACUUCCAAUUCUGUCUCGACGUUAACUCAAGCUACUUUGACAUCAGCCAGUGUUGUUACCGGGGAAAACUGCCGAACCCUGGCGUGAGACCGAGUCUGACGGCACUCAACGAUUCCGUCGUGGUGUACUAUAACGAAUGCGUUCUCUACGUCGUCCGAGUCUCUGACGGCAAACAGAUUGCUAAGUGCAAUGUUCAUGCCAAAGUAUGUCAUUUACAUCUUUGCAAAAAUGAUCGCACUUUCAUCGUAGGAUGCAGCGAUGGCACUAUUGCGUCAUAUGUGCUCAUUGACCCUGAUCAUGAAGUACCCACUGACGUCAUACAGACACUUCGAAGUCGACAAAUAGACCUAACAGACGACGUGGAUGGGAGACUAUCCCGGUCCUGGGACAAGAUUGAGAGUGGUGGUCACUCCCCCCAGUCCCGUCCUACGUCUGGGAUGAUAGGCGCCGGCCCGAAAGACAAGAUUCUACUAAAACGGGUGAAACCUGUGCCAAAAGUGCGUCCGAACUCUGAUACGUUCAUGUACCUUAACUCUAACUCAAAAUCAUGUUCUAUUAUGUAAAAGUUUAUCUUUACAUUCUC